AUGAAUCGUACUGACAUUCAUCUACUUGAUCUACCUGUUGAGAUAUUACUUAAGAUCUUAAAAGAAUUGAACAAUAUAGAUGUUCUCUAUUCAUUGAUCGGAAUUGAAGGACUUGACAUUCUAGCACAAGAUGAAAUAUUUACAAACACUCUCAAUUUUGCGUUUACCGAUAAUAAUGAUAAAUAUUCAAUGGAUGAACCAAUGUUAAAUCGAUUUUGUAAGGAUAUAUUACCUCGAAUUCAUUACAAUGUUAAAUGUCUUUAUUUGGAAAUAACAACUAUGGAUCGUAUUCUACGUGCUGGUAUUUAUCCAAAUCUAACUCAACUCAAAAUAUUUCAAUUUCAUGGAAAUUUGUUUUUACACUUUUGUACAGAUUGUAUUGAACCAUCUUUUAGUAAUAAUGCAGUAUUAUCAUUUGUUGAUUUACCAUCAAAUACUUUUGUUUCGUCAAAUCUAACUAAAUUACGGAUCACUGUGGAUAGUUUUGGAGAUUGUCUUCGAUUACUUGAUGGUCGUCUCAAUCAAUUGUCUACAUUUAUUGUUAUUAUCGUUAAUGUCAAAGAUUCUUCAUCAAUGGAAUUCAAUUCAAAUGUUCUACAGAAUUUGAAACGUUUUUCAUUGACAUACGAAUCUUUAACCAAUGAAUAUGAUAAUCAAGUUGUACCUCUUCUUCGUCAAAUGUGUAAUCUUCAAGAUUUAACAUUAUAUAUUCAAAUCAAGAAACGAAAUAGAUUCGUCGAUGGCAUUCAACUUGAAAAUGAUGUUCUUAUUCAUUUGUCAAAGCUUCAAACAUUUGUUUUUUAUAUCUGUACUUUUACUUAUUCCAAUCAUCCUGUUACUCCUUUAUCAAAUAAUGAUAUUCAACGAACUUUUUCUAAUGUAAAAUUUGGACAAAUUGGCUGUAGUAUGAAUCAUUUCAAAGAGUCUGAUAUCACAUACCAUGUUUUCUCCCUUCCGUUUAAAUUUGAACGUAUAGGAUACAUUGGUAAUAGUUUUACGAAUACGAUAUUCAAGAAUGUUACUUUUUUAUGUGUAUAUGAUGGUAUCCCAUUUGAACAUGGAUUUUUUGUUCAAUUGGCUCGAUGUUUUCCAUUAUUGCACGUUUUAAUGAUUAUAAAUUACAAAGCACAGUUAAAAGAUUCAGCUAGAUCUGAACAUAACAAUAAUGAAUCAUUUGAGAUUGUCCAAUAUCUUCAUCUUAGAUCACUUGAAUUUUGCCGUACACAUAUUGAUUAUGUUGAACAAAUGUUAAAUGAAUCAAAAACACAUUUACAUUGUCUCAAAGAAUUAGCAAUUGAUUAUAAUCAAUUGAAAACUAUAACAAAUAACUUUACAAGAGAUGCAACGAGACUUAAUUGUAUCAAUGUGGAAGAAUUAAAUUUUCACAAUUUUAUCAAUCAUGAUGAUAGCGAUUAUCAAUGGACAAUAGCACAAUCAAAAGAUUUUCACGUUUAUUUUCCGUUGUUGAAAAAUUCUGAUUUUUUGUAA